AUGUCUGCAAAUUUAAAUAAUGGUAUUUUACGAACAUUAAAUCGUACUCCACAACAAAGUUCGAGUUCUUCAUCAAUGAAUGAAUCAGGUAGUUCUGUUAUUGAUACAAUUCGAAAACGUAUGCAACAAAUGAAAGAUGAAUUGGCUAAAUCGCAAGAUGAAUUGCAUGCAUAUCAGAUUGAACGUGAACGUGAAAAACAUGCACGAGAACAAGCCGAAGGUGAGAUAGGUGGUCUUCAACGUCGUACACAAUUAGUUGAAGAAGAUCUUGAACGUACUGAAGAACGUCUUACACAAGCUACACAAAAACUUGAAGAAGCUUCGAAAGCAGCUGAUGAAAGUGAACGAAAACGUCUUAUUCUUGAUGGCAAAGUGUCUGGUUAUGGUAACAGAUAUGAUACACUUGAACAGCUACUCAAAGAGGCAAAACAAUUGGGUCAUAUGAAUGAGAGAAAAUAUGACGAGGUAGCACGUAAAUUGAAAGUUCGUGAAGGUGAAUUGGAAAGACUUGAUGAUCGUGCACAAAGAUUUGAAGAUAAAAUUGCUCAAUAUGAACAGGAUGUGAAACAUUUACAUUAUGAAUUACGUUCGAAAGAAGUAAAAACUCUUGAACUCGAAGAAGAACUCAAAGUUGUUGGUAACAAUAUGAAAUCACUUGAAGUUUCUGAACAAGAGGCUAUACAACGUGAAGAAAGUUAUGAAGAACAAAUUCGUGAUUUAACUACACGUCUUAAAGAGGCUGAACAACGUGCUGAUCUUGCUGAACGUACAAUGGCCAAAUUGCAAAAGGAGGUCGAUCGUCUUGAAGACGAACUACUUGCCGAAAGAGAGAAAUACAAGAAUGUCAGUGAUGAACUCGAUAUGACAUUGAACGAAUUGUCGGGUUAUUAA